GUGGCUGCUCCUCCUCCGAGAGAGAGGCGAACAUGAUUUAUAUCGCGCAUGAUUUAUACAGCAGGAGAGCCGUUAAGACCCGCAAGGAGCCCGCGCACAGUUCGGCUGCCGUGUGAGCGGUUUAAUCGGUGUGGUGCGCUGGCGUCGAGGCGCGGUGAAGCUCGGAGGAUGAGGGAGAGGAGCGGGGAUGACAGGCUGCUCUCAGCCGGAGGCUGCCUGGAGAAACAGCGAUGACGGACGCGCUGGAGCAUGCGAUGGCACAGCGAUCCGGCUAAACGCCUGAUAUUAUGCCGUUUCAUCGGGACAGAAUCGGAGCUUAUGAGCACCCUCGUGAGCCGGGUGAUCGAAAAUUUCCAUCAAACCGGAGGAGAGAAGCGAGGGAUUCGCGCCUCGCCGCGCAAACAGUAAACUAGUUAAGAUUAGUGAUCCGGAUCAUCUGGAGCCGACUCCCAACUCCUCUCGUUGGAACCAAGACAGCUGCGGAGCCAGUGAUGAAGCGACACACCAGAUAUCAAAACACGUUAAACGAAGCUGUUUGAGUAGCUACAGAUUCGUGAUGUGAUGGAAUUUCGUAUAUAAUACCAAGUAACGUCAGGUGGCUUUGACGAAACAUUACAGCUGAUUAAUGCUUCGAUAAACCUCCGUUGAGCCGAUUGCAACGAAAAAAAACCCCACGGCAAUCGAAGAGUCGACUCGGAGCAUUUCGACACUCCAAGAGCCGGCUCCCAGGCGUGCUGGAGUCAAAGAAUCGAUUCUUUUGGAAGCGACUCCCCAUCACUAGCUGAGCGCGUAACCUACAUGUACGGCUGACUCACGUUCUGUGGUACAUUUGUGGUAAAAAAUCGACAAGCGUCCGCUGGUUGCUGGCUAAUAAACUCCUACGACCGGUGUAGGAGCGUGUCUUCGCGUGGAGGUCGACAAUAGCGAACUGAUAUUUGAUAUUUGGGUGAAUUUAACGGGCGAGACGCGAUGAUGAGCCCAGUUUGCCGUUAGUUAGCUAACGUGCUAGCGUCCUCCUGAGUGAACAAAACAACUCUUGAAACAUUUUUGCAGGCUUUGGGAUAAAACGGUAAAAAUGUCCGUAAACAUGAAAAACGGCGUGUAAAGAGUCCACUUUCUGUCAGGUUGUCCGUUUAUGUAACUGAACGGCUGAAUACAGCGGUGUUAUUUCGUAUUUUUUGCUAUAAUUCUCGUUUCAUUAACCCCCGUGUGACGAGAAAGCUAAUUUUCAGUAAACAACAACUCUGAGGUAAACAUUUUCGCGGGCUUUCAACAAACACGAUAAAAAUGCCUAUAAAUGCGAACAAACUGUGUAAACAAACCACUUUCUGUCAUAUUAGUUAUUUAUCAAACGAUUGGAUGAAUAUACGGGUGUUAUUUCAGAUUUUGUGGUGAUUUAAAAAGCCCGGGAAUUGCUUGAAGAGAAAGCUAGCGUUAGGUUUUUUUCAGGAAACAACACAGAACAUUUACAAAAUAGAGAGUCUUCUGUCAGAAUAACCGUCUGUGAAGCGAAAGGCUGAAAAUGCUGAUCAUUUUUUAUGUUUAACUUACUUUGCGGCGAUUUAUCAUUUAAAAAAGACUUGCUCGGGUUAGAUUGCUCAGAAAACAACAACUCUGAGGAGAUCGUUCACUAAAAGCAUCUCCAAAUAGAUGAAUUAGGUUAAACGUGUGGAGAGUUUUCUGUCAGAUUAACCACUUAACAUAUGAAUGGCUGAGUAUAUUGGUGUAAUUUUAUACUCUUGCGAUUUUUCUUUUGUAAAUUCUCACAAAUGUGAACUAAUACAGAUAUGGAGUUUGGCUUAAUGGGUUGGGACCUGGAUGGUUAUCAUCUGGACUGAGUUAAUGAUCACACUGGCUGAACAUGGGGCCAUAUUCAUGGCCGUAUAUUGACUGAAAAUCAUUUUAUUCACAGUUUUCGUAAAUGUACCACUACUGAUGCUUUUUUCGCUGAUCCAACUCAUCAGAUAUCUGAAAAAGUAUUGUGAUACUAUAUUUUCGCCGUAUAGCCAACCUCUAGCUGAACAUGUGGCCAAGUAGCCAACAAAUGCGAAUGCUUGUAAUCGAAGCGAACUGAAGCAAGCUUCAAAAAGCCAUAGUAGCCUUGUCUACGUGAACGUUGUCUUUUCGAACCCACAGCAAUGAGCCGGCUGCGCAAGAAAGCUUGUGUGGCUCUUUUCCUGUUCACUCUCUUCAUCUUCGGGACCAUGAUGGGCUUACGGACCCUUAAGCCCAGCGACGGCUUCUCGGACCUGGCUCCAGGGAUGGAGAGGGCCCCAUUUGCGGCAGAGAGAGCCGAGAGGCGAGCCGAGACAGAGAGCGACGUUUCGGACACUAAAAUCGUCUUCUCCAACUCCGGCCAUGAGCACAGCAUCUUCUACGACAUCCACAUCUUCUACUACCUGUGGUACGGCGCACCUCAGACGGACAGGGGCUACAUCCACUGGGAUCACGUACUGGUUCCUCACUGGGAUCCGAAAAUAGCGGCCAGUCACCCCAAAGGCAGGCACAGUCCACCUGAGGACAUCGCCUCCAGCUUCUACCCCGAGCUCGGACCCUACAGCUCCAGAGAUCCGCACAUCCUGGAGUCGCACAUGGCCCAGAUCGAAGCUGCUGCUGCAGGUGUAGUGGUGCUGUCCUGGUACCCACCUGGCGUGGCAGACGAACACGGAGAGCCCACAGAAGAUCUGGUGCCCGCCGUUAUGGAUGCUGCCCAUAGGCACCGUAUCAAGGUGGCGUUUCACAUCCAGCCCUACAGAGGCCGGACGGAGCUCAGCAUGCAUGAGAACAUCAAGUACAUCAUUGACAGGUAUGGAAAACAUGGCGCUUUCUACCGAUUCAAGUCCAGCACAGGCAAAGUGCUUCCCUUGUUCUACGUGUAUGACUCUUACCUGACUCCACCUGAGGCCUGGGCCGAGUUACUGACCUCCCGAGGCUCCCACAGCCUGCGAGGAACUCCAUACGACGGGAUCUUCAUCGCCCUCAUUGUGGAGGAGCGGCACAAGCACGACAUCCUGGCCAGCGGCUUUGACGGCAUGUACACGUACUUCGCGUCAAAUGGAUUUUCUUUCGGCUCCUCUCACCAGAACUGGAAGGCCGUCAAGGCUUUCUGUGAUAGGAACAACCUUCUGUUCGUGCCCAGCGCUGGACCAGGUUACGUAGACACUGCCGUGCGACCGUGGAACAACCACAACACGCGAAACCGAGUGAACGGACGGUAUUACGAGACCUCGCUACAGGCAGCGCUGUCGGUGAGGCCAGAUAUCAUCACAAUAACUUCCUUUAAUGAGUGGCACGAGGGCACGCAGAUCGAGAGGGCGGUGCCCAAGAAGACGGUGACUCGUCUUUAUUUGGACUACAAACCGCAUCAGCCUGACCUCUACCUGGAGCUCACCAGGAAAUGGGCAGAGCAGUUUAGCAAGGAGAAGGAGCAGUGGCUGAUGUGAUUGGAGAUGACUGCUUUUGAACUGCUGCGUUUUGAGUGACUUUCAUUGAGCCCCAAACUCACGUCUACCACAAAUCCCAACGGCACCCUAUUAAAACGAAGGAAGAUCAGCCUCCUCCCACAAAUAAAGUGUUCGGUUUCGUACGAGGCGGUUUAUUGUUUUACUGUUCCCUCUGACCAGUGUUUAAACACGUUUGCUCAUUUUUAGUACAUGGGAUAAGCACUAGGCACCAAGCAGAGUGUUAUUUGAGAGGUUGUCUUAACGUUGGUCAUUGUUUUGGUCCUCUGGUUGGGGGUGAUAUGUUUACCCUGCUUUUCCUUGUAAUCACCAUGUGCUUAAUGUGACUCAAACGUUUGAUAAAUAAAUAAUUAAACCAA